UCUCUGUCCCAUUGCUGCCAUUUCAUAGGUAACUCUUCGUUAUAUUUAACUUACUCUUCUUUGCUUCUUUGCUUCUUGAUCAUAACGAUAACUUGAAAGCCUUACGUUCAGAUAGAUAAUCAUUCACCAGUCCUAUAUCAUUCUAUUUAAUUUAGAAAUGCAGAAAGAAAAACGCAAGCAAUCCAAAGAUGAAGAAAACGAUUCAUCCUCGCGAAAGAGAAGAAAAGGUGACCUCACUGCCAUGACAGAGCCAGAGUCUUCUCGAUCUAGACCAGAAGGGGCCUAUGAUGUCUUCUUGAGUUUUAGAGGAGAAGACACUCGCAAGACAUUUACAGAUCAUCUAUAUUCUGCCUUGGUCCAAGCAGGAAUCCACACUUUUCGAGAUGAUGAUGAACUUCCGAGAGGAGAAGAAAUCUCCGAUCAUCUCCUCAGGGCAAUUCAAGAAUCAAGGAUAUCCAUAGUUGUGUUCUCAAAAGGAUAUGCUUCUUCUAGAUGGUGUCUCAAUGAACUUGUAGAGAUUCUUAAGUGCAAAAAUAGAAAAACCGGUCAGAUUGUUCUUCCUAUAUUCUAUGACAUUGAUCCUUCAUAUGUGAGAAAACAGAAUGGCAGUUUUGCAGAAGCAUUUGUUAAACAUGAAGAGCGUUUUGAAGAGAAGUUGGUGAAGGAGUGGAGAAAAGCUCUUGAGGAGGCUGGAAAUCUAUCUGGAUGGAAUCUCAAUGAUAUGGCAAAUGGGCAUGAAGCAAAAUUUAUCAAAGGGAUUAUCAAGGAUGUGUUGAAUAAAUUACGUCGCGAGUGCUUAUAUGUUCCUGAGCACCUGGUAGGUAUGGAUCUUGCUCACGAUAUUUAUGACUUUCUAAGUACUGCAACAGAUGAUGUACGCAUUGUGGGCAUACAUGGGAUGCCAGGAAUAGGAAAGACAACUAUAGCAAAAGUUGUAUUUAAUCAACUCUGCUAUAGAUUCGAGGGAAGCUGCUUUCUUUCGAAUAUCAAUGAAACAUCAAAACAAUUCAAUGGUCUGGCUCUUUUACAAAAGCAACUUCUUCAUGAUAUUUUAAAACAAGAUGUUGCUAACAUCAAUUGUGUCGAUAGAGGAAAGGUUCUGAUCAAAGAUCGACUUUGUCGCAAAAGAGUUCUUGUUGUUGCUGAUGAUGUGGCUCAUCUGGAACAGCUGAAUGCAUUGAUGGGAGAGCGAAAUUGGUUUGGUCCCGGAAGUAGAGUAAUUAUUACAACAAGAGAUUCAAAUCUUCUUCGUGAAGCAGAUCAAACAUAUCAGAUCGAAGAACUGAAACGAGAUGAGUCCCUUCAGCUUUUCAGCAGGCAUGCCUUUAAGGACACCAAGCCAGCAGAAGAUUAUAUUGAGCUUUCGAAGAAAGCCGUUGAUUUCUGUGGAGGACUUCCUUUAGCUCUUAAGGUUAUAGGAGCUCUUCUGUACAGGGAAAACAAAGAUAAAUGGGAAAGUGAAAUUGACAACUUGAGCAGAAUUCCAAACCAAGAUAUUCAAGGAAAGCUUCUAAUAAGUUAUCACGCACUUGAUGAUGAACUACAAAGGGCAUUCCUUGAUAUUGCAUGCUUCUUUAUUGGUAUAGAGAAAGAAUACGUCGCAAAAGUGCUAGGAGCCCGUUGCCGUCUCAAUCCAGAAGUUGUUUUGGAAACUCUCCGUGAAAGGUCUCUGAUUCAAUUUCAUGUGUCUAUAAUUAAAGAUGAAAGGCAGUUAUUUGGAAGGACGGUAACCAUGCAUGAUCUAUUACGAGACAUGGGAAGGGAGGUCGUCUGUAAAGCGUCUCCCUUGCUUCUUGGAAAAAGGACCAGAAUUUGGAAUAAAGACGAUGCAUGGAAUGUGCUUGAGCAGCAGAAGGGUACGGAAGUUGUAGAGGGUCUUAAACUGGAUGUCAGAGCAUCAGAAGCUAAAUCACUGAGCACAGGAUCAUUUGCAAAAAUGAAAUGCUUAAAUUUACUCCAAAUCAACGGAGCACAUCUCACCGGAUCCUUCAAACUGCUUUCUAAAGAGUUGAUGUGGAUUUGUUGGCUUCAAUGUCCUUUGAAAUAUUUUCCAUCUGAUUUUACCUUGGACAAUCUAGCUGUUCUUGAUAUGCAGUACAGUAACCUCAAAGAACUAUGGAAGGGAAAAAAGAUUCUCAACAGGUUAAAAAUCUUUAAUCUCAGUCAUUCUCAGAACCUUGUUAAAACACCAAACUUACACAGUUCAAGUCUAGAGAAACUAAUUCUGGAAGGUUGCUCGAGUUUAGUUGAGGUGCAUCAAUCAAUUGGACAUUCGACAAGUCUUGUUUUCUUGAAUCUGGAGGGAUGUUGGAGUCUGAAGAUUCUCCCUGAAAGCGUUGGCAAUGUAAAGUCUCUUGAAACUCUGAAUAUUUCUAGGUGUUCACAACUUAAGAAAUUGCCAGAACGCAUGGGUGAUAUGGAAUCCUUAACUGAGGUGCUAGCCGAUGGGAUUGAAAAUGAGAAAUUUCUCUCUUCAAUUGGACAAUUAAAGCAUGUCAGAACAUUAUCAUUGUCUGGAUACAGUUCGGCUCCACCAAGUUGUUCUUCGAUUUCAGCAGGUGUUUCAAAUUUGAAACGUUGGCUGCCAACAUCUUUCAUUGAAUGGAUAUCAGUGAAACGUCUUGGGCUUUCGAAUGGUGGUUUGUCUGAUCACGCAACUAACUGUGUUGAUUUUAGGGGUUUGUCUGCUCUAGAAGAAUUGGAUCUAUCAGGAAACAAAUUCUCUAGCCUGCCUUCUGGGAUCGGCUUCCUUCCCAAGCUAAAGUACUUGUCUGUUCUAGAAUGCAAAUAUCUUGUAUCAAUCCCAGAUCUUCCCUCAAGUUUAGACCGUUUGGAUGCUUGUUAUUGCAAAUCAUUGGAAAGAGUAAGAAUACCAAUCGAGUCAAAAAAAGAACUAUAUAUAAAUCUAUAUAGAAGUCAUUCGUUAGAAGAGAUUCAGGGCAUCGAAGGUCUAAGUAGUAAUAUUUUUUGGUAUAUUGAAGUUGCUAACUGCAGGUAUUCACCAAAGAAAUUACAGAAGAGCGUUAUUGAGGCAAUGUGCAACGGUCGUCACCCGUAUCGUAUUUACGACAUUCGUGGUGAGAUGCCAAAGUGGUUGAGCUACAGGGGAGAAGGAUGCUCAUUGUCAUUCCAUAUACCUCCAGUCUUCCAUGGCUUAGUUCUUUGGUUUGAUAAGGAUUCUCAUUAUUACUUGAACACUGACAUUAUUAUUAUUAUAAGAAAUAAAAGCAAUGGUAUUCAAUUGUUUGAAGAUAAACGAACACAGAGAAUAUUACAUUUAUAUAUUGGGGGAUGGAUAAGAUACAUAAGUAGAAGUGAAAUGGCAAUGGAAGAUUACUGUGGAGAUGACGAAUUGGAACUAUACAUUUCUUAUACGUUGUACGAUUAUGCAUUCCGACCCGUAUACGUUGAAGAAUGUGGGGUCCAUGUGAUCGCAGGGAAGUUAGAUUCAUUUGAAGAGUCGGCGGUGGGAACAGAUACAGUGAUGCCUUCACCACCGCUGUAUCAUCUGCUUCCUCAUCCUCAUUGUGGUUCAAUUACAGCGUCUACACCUAAGCAAUGGAGUGACUAUUUAUUUGCGAAGCUGCAAGAACAUAGACUCAAUUUAAUACUUAAAGGUAAGAACAAAUAUUUCAUUUAGUUAUUUUUAUUCUAU